GAGGACGGUUUGAAAGGAAGGCAGAGAGGGCACUGGGAGGAGGCAGUGGGAGGGCGGAGGGCGGGGGCCUUCCGGGUGGGCGCCCAGGGCAGGGCAGGUGGCCGCGGCGUGGAGGCAGGGAGAAUGCGACUCUCCAAAACCCUCGUCGACAUGGACAUGGCCGACUAUAGUGCUGCACUGGACCCAGCCUACACCACCCUGGAAUUUGAGAAUGUGCAGGUGUUGACGAUGGGCAACGACACAUCCCCGUCAGAAGGCACCAACCUCAACGCGCCCAACAGCCUGGGUGUCAGUGCCCUGUGUGCCAUCUGUGGGGACCGGGCCACGGGCAAACACUACGGCGCCUCGAGCUGUGACGGCUGCAAGGGCUUCUUCCGGAGGAGUGUGCGGAAGAACCACAUGUACUCCUGCAGAUUUAGCCGGCAGUGCGUGGUGGACAAAGACAAGAGGAACCAGUGCCGCUACUGCAGGCUCAAGAAAUGCUUCCGGGCUGGCAUGAAGAAGGAAGCCGUCCAAAAUGAGCGAGACCGGAUCAGCACUCGAAGGUCAAGCUAUGAGGACAGCAGCCUGCCCUCCAUCAAUGCGCUCCUGCAGGCAGAGGUCCUGUCCCGACAGAUCACCUCCCCCGUUUCCGGGAUCAAUGGCGACAUUCGGGCGAAGAAGAUCGCCAGUAUCGCAGACGUAUGUGAGUCCAUGAAGGAGCAGCUGCUGGUUCUCGUCGAGUGGGCCAAGUACAUCCCGGCUUUCUGCGAGCUCCCCCUGGACGACCAGGUGGCCCUGCUCAGAGCUCAUGCUGGUGAGCACCUGCUGCUCGGAGCCACCAAGCGAUCCAUGGUGUUCAAGGACGUGCUGCUCCUAGGCAAUGACUACAUUGUCCCUCGGCACUGCCCGGAGCUGGCGGAGAUGAGCCGGGUGUCCAUGCGCAUCCUCGACGAGCUGGUGCUGCCCUUCCAGGAGCUGCAGAUCGAUGACAAUGAGUAUGCCUACCUCAAAGCCAUCAUCUUCUUUGACCCAGAUGCCAAAGGGCUGAGCGAUCCAGGGAAGAUCAAGCGGCUGCGUUCCCAGGUGCAGGUGAGCUUGGAAGACUACAUCAAUGACCGCCAGUAUGACUCGCGCGGCCGCUUUGGAGAGCUGCUGCUGCUGCUACCUACCCUGCAGAGCAUCACCUGGCAGAUGAUCGAGCAGAUCCAGUUCAUCAAGCUCUUUGGCAUGGCCAAGAUCGACAACCUGCUGCAGGAGAUGCUGCUGGGAGGGUCCUCCAGCGAUGCACCCCAUGCCCACCACCCCCUGCACCCUCACCUGAUGCAGGAACACAUGGGAACCAAUGUCAUCGUUGCCAACACAAUGCCCACUCACCUCAGCAAUGGACAGAUGUGUGAGUGGCCCCGACCCAGGGGGCAGGCAGCCACCCCUGAGACCCCACAGCCCUCACCGCCAGGUGGCUCAGGGUCUGAGCCCUACAAGCUCCUGCCAGGAGCCGUCGCCACAAUCGUCAAGCCCCUCUCUGCCAUCCCCCAGCCGACCAUCACCAAGCAGGAAGUUAUCUAGCAAGCCGCUGGGGCUUGGGGGCUCCGCUGGCUCCCCCCAGCCCCCUCAGAGAACGCCUGGUGAUCACGUGGUCACGGCAAAGGAAGACGUGACGCCAGGACCAGUCCCAGAGCAGGAAUGGGAAGGAUAAAGGGCCCGAGAACAUGGCCUAAGGGCCACAUCCCACUGCCACCCUUGACACUCUGCUCUGGAUAACGAGACUUUCACUUGGGAAGACGCCACUGGAAAGUCCUCUACUGCCUUGGACAACUUUUCUCAUGUUGAAGCCACUGCCUUCACCUUCACCUUCAUCCAUUCGCUCCUCCUUCUGCUGCUGCCCCCACGUCAAACGCCCGUUUCCCUCUGCUGUCGCCUUGCUCAGCCAUCCCGUCUUCUCCAGCACCACCUCUCCAGAGGCCAAGGAGGCCUUGAAAACGAUUCCCCCAGUCAUUCUGGGAGCAUGUUGUAAGCACUGACUGGGGCCAGGCAGGGUCUAGAAGGCUGUGGUGAGGGAAGACACCUUUCUCCUCCAGCCCCACCGCACCCUCCUUCUUCAGGGACUUGGGUGGGUAUUUGGGGUGAAGAUCUCUGCAGACCUUCAACCCGAGAAAACAAGCCCAGGUUGGCAACUGCAACAGGAACUUGGAGUGGAGAGGAAAAGCAUCAGAAGGAGGCAGACCAUCCACUAGGCCUUUGAGAAAGGGUAGACUUCUGGCUGGUAGAGCGGGUGAGACGGGACAUUCCAAAGAACAGCCUGAGCCAAGGCCUCGUGGUAGGAAGAAUCUAGCAAGAAUUGAGGAAGAAUGGUGUGGGAAAGGGAUGAUGAAGAGAGAGAAGGCCUGCUGGAGAGCAUAGGGUCUGGAAUACCAGGCUGAGGCCCUGAUCAGCGGCAAGGGGUAUGCAGGGAGCUGGGCUUCCAGAAAAUGAACACAGCAGUUCUGUAGAGGAUGGGAGGCUGGGAGCUGGGAGGUCAGGUGGGGUGGAUGAUGUAAUGCGGGUGAGAGUAAUGAGGCUUGGGGCUGGAGAGGACAAGAUGGGUAAACUCUCACAUCAGAGUGACAUCCAGGAGGAAUGAUCUCCCAGGGCCUGUCUCAAGCUCUUCCUUACUCCCAGGCACUGUCUUAAGGCAUCUGAUAUGCAUCAUCUCAUUUAAUCCUCCCUUCCUCCCUAUUAACCUAGAGAUUGUUUUUGUUUUUUUAUUCUCCUCCUCCCUCCCCACACUUACCCGCCCCUCCUAACCUAGAGAUUGUUACAGAAGAUGAAAUUGCGUUCUAAGAGGUGAAGUGAUUUUUUUUUCUGAAACUCACACAACUAGGAAGUGGCUGAGUCAGGACUUGAACCCAGGUCUCCCUGGAUCAGAACAGGAGCUCUUAACGAGAGUGGCUGAAUAACUUUUCCAAAGGCUCCCUUUGUUCUCACUGUGAUCAAGUUGGGGGGCUUCUGGCUCCCUUCUCCAGCCUCAGAAACCGGACUCGUUCUUCUGGGAACUCUGCCCACUCCCAGGACCAAGACUGGCCUGAGGCUGCACUAAAAUUCACUUAGGGUCGAGUAUCCUGUUUGCUGAUAAAUAUGUAGGAGAAUUCAUAACUCUUGAGAGCUUUUCUCUCUUCACUCCCCAAGUCUAGGGGAGGGGUGGCAGGGGUCUGUUUCCUGGGAGUCAGGUUCAUCUGGCCUGUUGGCAUGGGGGUGGGACAGUGUGUGCAGUGUGGGGGCACGGGAGGGCUAAGCAGGCCCAGGUUUGAGGCCUAUUCUGGAGAUCGUCACUCCAGGUGUAUUCUGGAAACACUGGACCCUAGGAUGGAGCAUCCAGCAUGUCAUCCAUGUGGAAUCUUGGUGUCUUUGGGGACAUUCUGGAAAAUGCCACUGACCAGUGUGAACAAAAGGGAUGUGUCCUGGGGCUGGAGGUGUGAUUAGGUAGGAGGGAAACUGUUGGACCGACUCCUGCCCCCCGCUCAACACUGACCCCUCUGAGUGGAUGGAGGCAGUGCCCCAGUGCCCAGAAAUCCCACCAUUAGUGAUUGUUUUUUAUGAGAAAGAGGCAUGGAGAAGUAUUGGGGCGAGUGUCAGAGAGGAAUCAACGCAUCCCUACAGCAGUCCCAGCCAAACCCCCAGUCCCAGGAGAGACUGCGCCCUGCUCAAAGCUCCCUAGCCUUCCUCCACCACCUCAUUCAAGUGCCCCUGAAAUCUCCUCCAGAUAGCUCAGCCUGGUCUGCGGUAAGGCAGGGAAGCUAGAACCAUUUCCCGGCAUUGUGGUCAUUCCCACUCUGUUCCUCCACCUCCUCCCUCCAGCGUUGCUCAGGCCUCUGUCACGGGAGCAAGGUUGAGAUAAGAAUGUGCCAUGGCGUGCAGAGGGCAACAGUGGCCCUUCAUGGGAACAAUCUUUUGGAGCAGGGGGUCAGUUCUCUGCUGGGAAUCUACCCCUUUCUGGAGAAGAAACCCAUUCCACUUUAAUAACUUUAUUGUAAUGUGAGAAACACAAAACAAAGUUUACUUUUUUGACUCUAAGCUGACAUAUUAGAAAAUCUCUCUUUCUCUCUUUUUUUUUUUUUUUUUUUUUUUUGGCCACUUGAGUUGUGGUCCUAAAACAUAAAAUCUGAUGGACUAACAGAGGGUUGCUGGGGGGACAAGCGUGGGCACAACGGUUCCCCCACCAAGACACCCCGAUCUUCAGGCAGCUCUCAGCAGCUUCUAAAAUCCGCAUGGCUCUCCUGAGAGCGGACAGAGGAGAGGAGAGGGUCGGAAAUGAACGCUCUUCUAUUGUUUGUCAUUACCAAGCCAAUUACAUUUGCCAAAUUUUUCUGUGAUCUGCCCUGAUUAAGAUGAAUUGUGAAAUUUACAUCAAGCAAUUACCAAAGUGGGCUGGGUCCCAUCAGAACGACCCACAUCUUUCUGUGGGUGUGAAUGUCAUUAGGUCCUGCGCUGACCCCUGAGCCCCCAUCACGGCCGCCUGAUGGGGCAAAGAAACAAAAAACAUUUCGUACUCUUGUGUGUUUUAACAAAAGUUUAUAAAACAAAAUAAAUGGCGCAUAUGUUUUCUAAGUC